CUUUCUGAGGGGAAAAUUGGAGGUCCAGAAUCCUGAAUGGAUGAACUCUCUGAUGCCAGCCAGGCGUCAAGCUUGGUGCCAACAAAGCCUAAUACUCCGAUGUCGGUCCCACCAGACCCUGCCGUGGGUGAUUCAGUUUCUCCAAGAAAGGAAAGUAUGGAGGCUGAAGGGUUGUCAAAAAAUUUAAAUCAAGCAAACAAGAAACCAGACAGCAAGAAAAAUAUUGACGUGCAGGUAAAGCAGGAGACGAGAACUUUAGCAGUUGGUAUGGUUGAAAAUGAAGACAAAUCAGACGUUCAAGCCAUCAUUGACUCAACGCCCGAAUUAGAUAUGGAUCGAGACCUUAGUGGGCAUAAAGGAACAAGCACACCAACCCAGGGAAUAGAGAAUAAGGCAUUUGAUCGGAACACAGAAUCUAUCUUUGAUGAACUGUCCCAAUCUGCUUCUGAGCUGAUCGGUGACGUGGAUGAGGGGGCAAACUUGCUUG